AUGACCAUCCAGAUCAACUGUUAGGAGAUCAUAGAUAUCGGCUACAGAGUCUACCAUUCCUACGAGUUGGCCUGGUUCAGGACACUCAGCUGGUACUUCCUGGUUUGUGUGAACUACUUCUUCUAUGGUGAGACAUUGGCSGAGUACUUUGGUGCGUUGGUGCAGAGAGAAGAACCGCUCCAGUUCCUGGUCCGAUACCAUAGAUUCAUCUCCUUCGCUGUCUACCUGGCAGGUUUCUGCAUGUUUGUUCUGAGUUUAGUGAAGAAGCAUUACCGUCUACAGUUUUAUAUGUUUGCGUGGACCCAUGUGACCCUACUGAUAGUGGUGACUCAGUCUCACUUAGUCAUCCAGAACCUGUUUGAAGGAAUGAUCUGGUUCCUCGUCCCUGUCUCCAUAGUGAUCUGCAAUGACAUCAUGGCCUACCUGUUUGGUUUCUUCUUUGGCAGAACACCACUCAUUAAGCUGUCUCCCAAGAAGACGUGGGAGGGAUUCAUAGGAGGGUUCUUCGGAACCCUGGUCUUUGGAUUCAUACUGGCAUACCUGCUAGCUCAGUUCCAGUAUUUUGUCUGUCCCGUGGAAUACAACAGUGAGACCAACCGUUUCACUGCGGAGUGUGAACCUUCGGACAUCUUCGUAAUGCACGAGUACACAUUGCCCUUCACUCUCCAGAACAUCCUCAGAUGGAAAACAGUGAACAUCUACCCAUACCAGAUCCAUAGUGUGGCGCUCUCCACCUUCGGCUCUCUCAUUGGUCCUUUUGGAGGAUUCUUCGCCAGCGGAUUCAAACGAGCGUUCAAGAUUAAAGACUUUGCAGACACCAUCCCUGGUCACGGGGGCAUCAUGGAUCGCUUCGACUGUCAGUAUCUGAUGGCUACCUUCACUCACGUUUACAUAGCCAGCUUCAUCAGGUAAGGGUCGUCACAUUAACAUAGCCAGCUUCAUCAGGUAAGGGUCGUCACAUUAACGUAGCCAGCUUCAUCAGGUAAGGGUCGUCACAUUAACGUAGCCAGCUUCAUCGGGUAAGGGUCGUCACAUUAACGUAGCUAGCUUCAUCAGGUAAGGGUCGUCACAUUAACGUAUCCAGCUUCAUCAUGGAAAGGGACGUCACAUUAACGUAGCCAGACAAAUACCCAUAAUGCACUAGUUAGGGAAUAGGGAGUAAUUGACACGGUUUAUUAGCCAGUUUACGUCAGCUUUUAUCAGGUAUGGAUGAUCUUUAAGAUGAUCAAUAUGUAACAACUGUUAAUUUAAACAGGCAAUUAUCUGUACUGGAACUGUUUGGGUUAAAAGCUGAGGGAUGAGGCUGAAGAAAUGUUAC